CCUACCUAGCUUCGACCUUUGGAGCUAUCAAAUCGAAUCGAGGCCCUUGUCAACUUGACAAACAAAGCAAACACCACAUUUAUCUUCGCAUCUUCAACAUGAGCAAGUUCGGUGCCAUGAUCAUGGGCCCUGCAGGCGCGGGCAAGUCAACUUUCUGCGCCGCCCUCAUCACCCAUCUUAACCUUAAUCGCCGUUCUGCCUUUUACAUCAACCUUGACCCUGCCGCCGAAUCAUUUGAGCAUGAACCAGAUCUCGACAUCAAAGAACUUAUUUCUCUCAAAGAUGCUAUGGAAGAAGUUGGCCUCGGACCUAACGGUGGCCUUAUCUAUUGCUUUGAGUUCCUCAUGGAGAACCUCGACUGGUUGACCGAAGCUCUCGACAGUCUGACCGAGGAAUAUCUCAUUAUCUUCGACAUGCCUGGCCAGAUCGAGUUAUACACACACGUGCCUAUUCUACCAGCUCUGGUCAAAUUUCUGUCCCAGCCGGGCUCUCUUGACAUCCGCAUGGCCGCUGUCUAUCUCCUCGAAGCCACAUUCGUCGUCGAUCGGGCCAAGUUUUUCUCUGGUACCCUUAGUGCCAUGAGUGCCAUGCUCAUGCUCGAGGUGCCACACAUUAACAUUCUGUCCAAGAUGGAUCUCGUAAAGGGCCAAGUGAAGAAGAAGGAUCUCAAGCGCUUCCUCACACCUGACGUGGGUCUGCUCGACGAUGACCCCAUUGAGCGUGCGCGUCGUGUUACAGAGGGUCCCGAAGCCGAAGACGACGAGUCAAAGGCACCUGACGAGAAGGAACAAGUGAUGAAGGGUGCUAGUUUCCGACGACUGAACCGAGCUGUGGCUGGCUUGAUCGAGAGCUUCAGUAUGAUCAACUAUCUCAGGCUAGACGUGACCAACGAGGACAGCGUCGGUGCUAUCCUAAGCUACAUUGACGACUGCAUACAGUUCCACGAAGCUCAGGAUCCCAAAGAGCCCCAUGAUGAGGAAUAUGAGGAUCAUGACGAUUAGUGUGGAUAUAAUGGCAAAGGGAGAAUCUGAGGAAAAGGGAAUCUGUGGUAUCUUGAUAGUAGUAUUGCAUAGCGCCGGCGUUACUGAUUGUUUCUCAUGGUCUGAGAUUGAAUUGAGUUUAGACGUGAUUUAUCACAGUCUCGCUCUUUUUCCUAACUCGCCCCUUUCCACCUCUUU